AACAAUUUUUUUCUUUUAAUUUUCCUUUUAAAAAAUUAAACAAAAACAAUUAAAACUAUAUUUAUAUUUAUUAAAUAUAUAUAUACUUAUAUAUAUAUAAAAAAAAAACACUCAUUAAAAUUAUCAUCAAUAUUAAAGCAAAAGAAGAAAAAAAAUAAAUAUUAUUUUUUAAAUUAAUAUAGAAAUAAAAUUAAAUUUCGAUAAAAAAAAAAAAACACUUAAAAAACCAAAAAAAAAUAUUAAAAUAAAAUUCAAAAUGACUAAUACAAUGGAGACUGUAGUCCAAAAUGGUGGUGCCAACGGAUCCGUUGAUGGUAAUCAGGAUGAUUCAAAAACAAAUUUAAUUGUUAAUUAUUUACCACAAACUAUGACCCAAGAGGAGAUGAGAUCAUUAUUCUCAAGUAUUGGUGAAUUAGAGAGCUGUAAAUUAGUUCGUGAUAAAGUAACUGUUUUACCAGCUUCAAUUACUGCUCUCAACCCAGCUCUUCAGCAAGUCGGUCAGAGUUUGGGUUACGGCUUUGUUAACUAUGUAAGAGCUGAGGAUGCUGAAAAAGCAAUAAAUACAUUAAAUGGCCUCCGAUUGCAAAAUAAAAUUAUCAAAGUAUCGUAUGCCCGUCCCAGCUCUGAAUCAAUUAAGGGUGCUAAUUUAUAUGUUUCGGGUCUUCCCAAAAAUUUAUCACAACCAGAUCUUGAAUCAAUGUUCUCACCAUAUGGAAAGAUUAUUACAUCUCGUAUACUCUGUGAUAAUAUUUCGGGUCUAUCAAAAGGUGUUGGAUUCAUUCGUUUUGAUCAACGUCAUGAAGCUGAACGUGCUAUCCAAGAAUUGAAUGGAAAAAUACCAAAAGCAUGUACUGAUCCGAUAACAGUUAAAUUUGCUAAUAAUCCAAGUACCAGUAACAAGGCAUUACCACCGUUAGCAGCAUAUUUGACUCCAGCUGCUGCCCAAGCAGCACAAAGGCGUUUAGCAACAGCUGUUCCACCGGCAGCAGCUGCUGCAGCAGCAGGAAGGUUAAGCAUUGGAAAAAGCCCGAUGUUAGCCAUUAACAAGGGUUUGCAAAGAUAUUCACCAUUGGCCGGUGAUUUAUUAGCAAACUCUUUGUUACCAGGAACAGCAAUGGCUGGAUCUGGAUGGUGUUUAUUUGUUUACAAUUUGGCUCCUGAAACAGAAGAAAAUGUCCUUUGGCAGCUAUUUGGACCAUUUGGUGCCGUCCAAUCUGUUAAAGUUAUUCGUGAUUUACAAACAAAUAAAUGUAAAGGAUUUGGAUUCGUUACAAUGACCAAUUAUGAUGAAUCUGUAGUUGCAAUACAAUCAUUGAAUGGUUAUACAUUGGGCAAUCGUGUGCUACAAGUUAGUUUUAAAACAAAUAAAACAAAAACAACGUAAAUCAAUUAAAACAAAUGGCAACAACAAUAAAUUAAAACACAUAUAUAAUAAUAUUUUAUUAUUAUAUUUAAAGAAAUAUAAGCAAAAUAUUUAACUAUUUUUGUUUAAUAAAAAAAAAAAAAGCAAAAAUUUAAAUCAUUAUGUAUAAAAAAAAAAAAAACAAAAAACAAAAAAAAAGUAAGCAGUAAAGGAAAUUAAAGAGUUAUAAAUUUCAUUAUUUAUUUCAAAUUAAAUAAACGAAGAAAAAAUUAAGAUUAAUCAACCGAAAAACGCUUAAAACAAGUUGAAAGUAAAUAAAAUAAUUAAUUUUUAUAAAAAACAAAAAAAAAACAUUUUUCAGAACACAAAAGUAGUAUUUUAUAUUUUAAAUUAAAUUAACUUAAUUCUAUUUUUAAUUAUUAAGACUAUUGGUCUGA